CGCAUGCGCACAUCGUUCUGCUCGCUGAGUCCUCGGGGUAGGGGCAUUGCGGCCUGAGGCUCUUCCCCCUCACUGGCUUUCACCGGGACUGGGGGUGUUGUCCAUUGUGAAUCCCUACUGACUGCCCAAAAGGGAAGAGAAAAUGGCUCAGAUACUUCCCAUCCGCUUCCAGGAGCACUUGCAGCUCCAAAACCAGGGGGUGAAUCCUGCCAACAUUGGAUUCAGUACCCUUACCAUGGAAUCGGACAAGUUCAUCUGCAUCAGGGAGAAGGUGGGAGAACAAGCGCAAGUUGUAGUGAUUGAUCUAAAUGAUCCAGCAAAUCCAAUUCGGCGUCCCAUAUCUGCUGAUAGUGUCAUCAUGAAUCCGGCAAGCAAAGUAAUUGCACUGAAAGCUGGCAAAACCCUACAGAUAUUUAACAUUGAAAUGAAGAGCAAAGUGAAAGCUCAUAAUAUGGUUGAAGAAGUUACAUUCUGGAAAUGGAUUUCUUUAAACACUGUUGCCCUAGUAACUGAGACUGCAGUAUUCCAUUGGAGCAUGGAAGGUGACUCUCAGCCACAGAAGAUGUUUGAUAGACAUGCAAGCUUGGCAGGCUGUCAGAUCAUUAACUACAGGACAGACCUUCAACAGAAGUGGCUCCUUCUAAUUGGAAUUUCUGCACAGCAAAACAGGGUAGUUGGUGCAAUGCAGCUAUACUCUGUGGAUAGGAAGGUAUCCCAGCCGAUUGAGGGACAUGCUGCAGCUUUUGCUGACUUUAAAUUGGAAGAGAAUCCUGCACCGUCAACCCUCUUUUGCUUUGCAGUUCGCAGUCAAGCAGGAGGGAAGUUACAUAUAAUAGAAGUAGCAGCAGCUGCUGGGAACCAGCCUUUCUCAAAGAGAGCAGUGGAUGUGUUUUCCCUCCUGAGGCCACAAACUGACUUCCCAGUAGCAAUGCAAGUAAGUACAAAACAUGGGGUUAUAUAUCUUAUUACCAAAUACGGCUACAUCCACUUGUAUGACUUGGAGUCUGGUGCUUGUAUCUACAUGAACCGUAUUAGUGCUGAGACCAUUUUUGUGACUGCUCCCCAUGAACCCACAUCUGGCAUCAUUGGAGUCAAUAAAAAGGGACAAGUAUUAUCAGUCUGUGUGGAAGAAGAAAAUAUUGUUAACUAUGCUAAUGUGCUCCAAAACCCAGAUCUGGCUCUCCGUUUGGCUGUAAGGAGCAACCUUGCUGGUGCUGAGGAACUUUUUGCUCGGAAGUUCAACACUUUAUUUGCACAAGGAAAUUAUGCUGAAGCUGCUAAAGUAGCUGCAUCAGCACCAAAGGGUAUUCUGCGGACUCCAGACACAAUUAGAAAAUUCCAGACUGUCCCAGCCCAGCCAGGUCAAGCCUCACCUCUUCUGCAGUAUUUGGGGAUACUCCUUGAUCAGGGUCAGCUGAACAAGUAUGAAUCGCUGGAACUCUGCCGUCCUGUUUUGCAACAAGGCCGCAAGCAAUUGCUGGAGAAAUGGCUGAAAGAAGACAAGUUGGAGUGUUCUGAGGAGUUGGGGGACUUGGUGAAGACAGCUGAUCCCACACUAGCUUUAAGUGUCUAUCUCCGUGCCAAUGUGCCAAAUAAAGUUAUACAAUGUUUUGCAGAAACUGGGCAAUUCCAGAAAAUUGUUCUGUAUGCCAAAAAGGUUGGUUACACUCCAGACUGGGUCUUCCUGCUGAGAAAUGUUAUGCGUGUGAGCCCUGACCAAGGACUUCAGUUUGCACAGAUGCUUGUCCAGGAUGAAGAACCCCUAGCCAACAUUAAUCAGAUUGUGGAUGUAUUUAUGGAAAAUAACCUGAUCCAGCAGUGUACAUCUUUCCUAUUAGAUGCUUUGAAGAAUAACAGGCCUUCUGAGGGUCACUUACAAACUCGACUUCUUGAAAUGAAUCUGAUCCAUGCACCACAGGUGGGAGAUGUACUCUUUCCAAUACAUAACUACUUAUUUGGUCAAGAUUUCAUUUUUCUGGAUUUUGUUGUGAAUGUGUUCACUUCAAAAUACAAAUGGCUUGUGAACUACUUCGGUGCACUCUCUGUAGAAGAUUCCCUCGAGUGCUUGCGUGCCAUGCUGUCAGCUAACAUCCGCCAGAAUCUGCAGCUUUGUGUGCAAGUAGCAUCCAAGUACCAUGAACAACUUGGCACACAGUCAUUGGUGGAACUUUUUGAAUCCUUUAAGAGUUAUGAGGGAUUAUUUUAUUUCCUUGGAUCCAUUGUGAACUUCAGUCAGGAGCCAGAUGUUCACUUCAAGUAUAUUCAGGCAGCCUGUAAAACUGGGCAAAUUAAAGAAGUUGAGCGCAUAUGCCGGGAGAGCAAUUGCUAUGAUUCGGAACGUGUGAAGAAUUUCCUGAAGGAAGCCAAACUGACUGACCAGCUACCACUAAUCAUUGUGUGUGAUCGGUUUGACUUUGUUCAUGACCUAGUUCUGUACCUGUACCGCAACAACCUGCAGAAGUACAUUGAAAUCUAUGUCCAGAAGGUGAAUCCCAGCAGGCUUCCAGUAGUGGUAGGUGGACUACUGGACGUGGACUGCUCUGAAGAAGUUAUCAAAAAUCUUAUCACUGUAGUCCGUGGACAGUUCUCAACUGAUGAGCUUGUGGGUGAAGUAGAGAAAAGGAACAGAUUAAAAUUGCUGCUUCCAUGGCUGGAGGCUAGAAUUCAUGAAGGAUGUGAAGAACCUGCUACUCACAAUGCUUUAGCUAAAAUCUAUAUUGACAGUAAUAACAAUCCUGAGCGUUUCCUGCGUGAGAAUCCCUUCUACGAUAGCUCAGUGGUUGGCAAGUACUGUGAAAAGAGGGAUCCACACUUAGCUUGUGUCGCUUAUGAGCGGGGCCAGUGUGACCUGGAUCUGAUCAAGGUUUGCAAUGAGAACUCUCUAUUCAAGAGUGAGGCUCGCUAUCUUGUACGUAGAAAAGAUCCACAGCUCUGGGCCAAUGUUCUUGAAGAAAAUAAUCCCUUUAGACGACAGCUGAUUGACCAGGUUGUCCAAACAGCCCUGUCUGAAACCCAGGAUCCAGAAGAAGUUUCAGUCACUGUGAAAGCCUUUAUGACUGCUGACCUUCCCAAUGAACUGAUUGAACUGCUUGAGAAGAUUGUCUUGGAUAACAAUGUCUUCAGUGAACAUAGGAAUCUACAGAACCUACUGAUACUAACUGCUAUUAAAGCAGAUCGCACCCGUGUAAUGGAGUACAUUAAUCGUCUAGACAACUAUGAUGCUCCUGAUAUUGCCAACAUUGCCAUCAGUAAUGAGCUUUUCGAAGAAGCCUUUGCAAUCUUCCGAAAGUUUGAUGUGAACACUUCUGCUGUGCAGGUUCUCAUUGACCACAUUGGCAAUCUUGAUCGUGCUUAUGAAUUUGCAGAACGUUGCAAUGAGCCAGCUGUGUGGAGUCAGCUGGCACGAGCACAAUUACAGAAGGAUUUGGUUAAAGAAGCCAUUGAUUCCUACAUCAAGGCAGAUGAUCCUUCUGCUUACAUGGAGGUUGUAAAAGCAGCCAACAAGAACAAUAACUGGGAAGACCUAGUGAAGUUUCUGCAAAUGGCUCGGAAGAAAGCCAAGGAGUCGUAUGUGGAGACGGAGUUGAUAUUUGCUCUGGCAAAGACCAACCGCUUGUCUGAAUUGGAAGAAUUUAUUAAUGGACCCAACAAUGCCCACAUUCAGCAAGUUGGUGAUCGCUGCUAUGAUGAUGACAUGUAUGAUGCAGCAAAGUUACUUUACAACAAUGUGUCCAACUUCGCUCGCUUAGCUUCUACACUGGUACAUCUAGGAGAGUACCAAGCUGCUGUGGACAGUGCUCGCAAAGCUAACAGCACCAGAACUUGGAAGGAGGUUUGUUUUGCCUGUGUGGACGGCCAGGAGUUCCGUCUGGCCCAGAUAUGUGGACUACACAUUGUCAUCCAUGCAGAUGAACUUGAGGAACUGAUUAGUUACUACCAGGAUCGAGGAUAUUUUGAGGAACUGAUAUCGCUCUUGGAAGCAGCAUUGGGUUUGGAACGGGCUCACAUGGGAAUGUUCACAGAGCUGGCAAUACUGUACUCCAAAUUCAAGCCACAAAAGAUGCGAGAACACUUGGAACUCUUCUGGUCCAGAGUUAAUAUUCCAAAGGUCCUUCGUGCAGCAGAGCAGGCACACCUCUGGGCUGAGCUGGUCUUCCUUUAUGAUAAAUAUGAAGAGUAUGACAAUGCAGUCAUUACUAUGAUGAGUCACCCAACAGAUGCUUGGAAGGAAGGACAGUACAAAGAUAUAAUUGCAAAGGUUGCUAAUGUAGAGUUGUAUUACAAGUCGCUGCAGUUCUACCUGGAUUACAAACCACUGUUGAUCAAUGAUCUCUUAAUGGUGCUGUCACCACGGUUAGACCAUACCAGGGCUGUCACCUUUUUCAGUAAGGUAGGCCAGUUGCCACUAAUAAAACCAUAUUUGCGCUCUGUUCAAAAUCACAAUAACAAGUCUGUGAAUGAAGCUCUGAACAACCUGCUUACUGAAGAGGAGGAUUAUCAGGGUUUGCGUGCAUCUAUUGAUGCAUAUGACAACUUUGACAACAUUGUCCUUGCUCAGCGCCUAGAAAAACAUGAACUAAUUGAGUUCAGGCGCAUUGCUGCUUAUCUUUACAAAGGUAACAAUCGCUGGAAGCAAAGUGUGGAACUCUGCAAAAAAGACCACUUGUACAAGGAUGCAAUGCAAUAUACAGCAGAGUCCAAGGACACCGAGCUCUCUGAGAAACUCCUGCAGUGGUUCCUAGAGGAGGGCAAGCAAGAAUGUUUUGCAUCCUGCUUAUUCACAUGCUAUGACUUGCUACGGCCAGAUGUGGUACUUGAGCUGUCAUGGAGGCAUAACAUCAUGGACUUUGCAAUGCCAUAUUUUAUUCAAGUUAUGAGGGAAUAUCUUGGCAAAGUCGAUAAACUUGAUGCUUCAGAUAGCUUGAGAAAAGAUGAAGACCAAGUGGCUGAGCCAGCUCCCCUAGUAUUUGGUCAGCAGUUAAUGUUGACAGCAGGCUCUACUGCAGUCCCUCAGCCUGGCUAUGCUUACAGUUAUCCAGCUGGUUACGCUCAACCUGCUUAUGGCUUCAACAUGUAGAAUCCACAUCAUAACUGUCAACUUCACUAUUGCUACACCUGAAUCUUCAUGAAAAGCGCAUAAGUCAUAGAUCACAGGACUACAGCAAAACACCUGCUCUGCAGCAUGAAGAUUCUAUAAAGGACUUGUUACUUUUAUUUAUUACACACUAUUACAUUUCAACUCAAAUGUAGCUUUUUAAAAUUGUAUUUAGGAACUACAUCUGUUGAGGCACUGAUUUAAAAAAAAACUUAAGGCAAGUAUUAACUAGUUUACUGAAUCUUGUAAUAUUUCCAGUAGGUUGGUUGCCAUCUUUGCUUACAAAGCUGGUGGCUUAGUGCAAUGUGAACUGUUUGUUAGCACCCCCCCCCCCCCCCACACCCUUAAACCAUGUAUAGUGUGUCCUCAUUGAGGAGUAAUGGUACUGAAGGCAGUGUUCAGAUAUUCUCAUGGAGUUUAAGCUUGGAAGUAACUUUGCCAGUAUCUGCAUGUUUUGCCAAAUGUUUAAUGCUCAAGGUGCAGUUGGAAAGGGAAUGCAGAAUUACUUUUUGCGUUCUUUAUUGGUGCAGCACUGAAUUCACAUUGGCCACACUGUGCAAGAGUUCUAGUUUCUGUGGCUGGAGCACUGUUCUGCAUCAGUUCAGGCCUCAUGCCAUAAGUGUGUGCCAUGGUUUUAAAAUUUUGUGCCUAAUGUAAAAUUUAUGGUAAGGAGCUUUUUGUUGCUAAUCAUGAACAUUAGGUUUAGUGUAACAAAGUGUCAGUCAUACUCAAGUUUCUGGAUCUCUUUAAUAUUUCACACUCCUGGCAAACUUAUUGAAAGGCAGUUAGGGGGCCUUUAUAAAUGGAAAGAAUUGGGUUCAGUCCAGAAUGCUGGCUAUAGUGGUGACAUGUAUUUAAAGGGAAAUUGUGCUAUAGAAUCUCUAAAGGUGUUGUGAAUAUUACUUUGUACAGUGCUAACUUAUUGGUUAGCUAAAAGAAAUGGAUGUGCAUUUGACUUCCCACCUACCCCACUCCUGCCCUCAUCAUGUCACCAGAGGGAUAAAUAAAGUUUACAUAAUUCUCAUGA